AUUCUGUCACAACUAUUCUGAAUGACUGGAUGAAGAGAUUAUAAUAAAGCUUUUACUCAGCAUCAUGUCUGAGACAACACUUCAAAUCUGCUACGUUUUUCCAAAUGGAGACAAAUAUGAGGGCGAGUGCUGUCGGACUUCAGAUGGUGUGAUCAGGAAAGGGUCUGGAACGCAAACAUCAGCUUCUGGAGCUACAUACACGGGGGAAUGGGACAAUGAUAAGAUGAACGGCAGAGGAACUCUUACACACCCAUCAGGAGCAUUUUACAGUGGUCUGUUCAGAGAAAACAUGUACCAUGGCAAAGGAACUUACCGAUUUCCUGAUGGCUCAGAAUACACCGGAUCCUUCAACAACAACAGAUUCGAGGGUGACGGGGAGUUCACAGAUUCACAAGGACUCGUGUGGACUGGCAUGUUCCAUAACAAAGCAGCGCUGGGAUUAAAGCUCCAAGUCAACAUGUGACUGAUACACAAACACAGACCAUUUAAAUGAAUUCGAUGAAAUUAACGCCCCUUGAAACUACUAAGAGAAAUCUUUGAUACACAGUGAUGCAUUAGCACAGCCAGCGUCCCUCAGGCAUUGAUGAGAUCUCGUCUGCCAAUGAAAUAAGCUCCAAUAGCACACACUGAACAUCAAGAACACAUGUUGUUCCCACACACGCUGCACUUCAGAAUGAAUCACUACUUUGUUUGGUGCAACGAGUGACAGGAAUGUGAUUCUUCGUGUACCGUUCAGCCAUUGGUCGUGCGCAUAUCCAAAAUACACGAGCUCUUGAAAGCAGACGAGCUCAUGACUGUGGCGAGAAGUCAGGAGUUGGUAAGAUCGUCAAGCUCAAUUUCCUCUGCAGUGAGAACAGUUUACUGUGGAUCAGAAGAGCUCGAUUUACAGCAGUUCACAUCCAAUUCUGCUUUAAACCAGUGCGUUUGAUUGGAUUUAAAACUUUUAUUUGGUCCAUUGUUAUACCUCAAUUAAAUUUGGUAUGACUCA